CAUCCAUCCAUCCAUCCAGCCAGGCAGCCGCCGCUUUUUUUACGCACCGACGCUUAUUUUGGAUUUGCUCAUUUCAACUGGAGGAAAGGAAAAAAAGAAAGAAACAAGAAAAAGACACCAAAUUCAGCGCGGUGGAUCCGUGGAUGUGCCUUUUUGGCUCAAACUGGAGAUGGAAAUGCUGAUAUUGUUAUUUCAUUCCCUGUGGAUAUUGCAAUGCAACACAGUGAGCGCGGACUCCAUCAUUCACAUUGGAGCGAUAUUCGAGGAGAACGCGUUGCGGGAUGACGAGGUGUUCCAGCUCGCCGUGUCGGACCUCAGUCUGAGCGACGACAUCCUGCAGAGCGAGAAGAUCACGCACUCCAUCAAACUCAUCGAGCCCAACAACCCGUUCCAGGCGGUGCAGGAAGCCUGCGAGCUGAUGAACCAGGGCAUCCUGGCGCUGGUCACCUCCACCGGCUGCGCCUCCGCCAGCGCCCUGCAGUCCCUGACGGACGCCAUGCACAUCCCCCACCUGUACAUCCAGAGGAACGGCGAGGGCUCGCCGCGCACCGCCUGCCAGUUCAACCCCAGCCCCGGGGGGCAGCGCUACACGCUGGCCGCCCGGCCGCCGGUGCGCCUCAACGACGUGAUGCUGACGCUGGUGGACGAGCUGCGCUGGCAGAAGUUCAUCGUCUUCUACGACAUCGAGUACGACAUCCGCGGGCUGCAGGGCUUCCUGGACCAGACGUCCCGUCAGGGCGUGGACGUGGCGCUGCAGCGGGUCGACAGGAACAUCAGCAAGGUCUUCACCAACCUGUUCACCACCAUGAGGACGGAGGAGCUGAACCGCUACCGCGACACGCUGCGACGGGCCAUCCUGCUGCUCAGCCCGCAAGGAGCGCACACGUUCAUCCAGCAGGCGGUGGAAACCAACCUGGCCUCCAAAGACAGUCACUGGGUGUUCGUCAACGAGGAAAUCAGCGACGCGCAGAUCCUGGAGCUCACCAACAGUGCGGUGGGGCGCAUGACGGUGAUCCGGCAGAUCUUCCCGCUGUGGAGGGACAGCAGCACCCGCUGCAUGAGGCAGAACCACCGCAUCUCCUCGCUGCUGUGCGACCCGCAGGAGGGAUACCUGCAGAACCUGGAGGUGUCGAACCUCUACCUGUACGACAGCGUGCUGAUGCUCGCCAACGCCUUCUACAGGAAGCUGGAGGACCGGAAGUGGCACAGCAUGGCCAGCCUCAACUGCAUCCGGAAGUCCACCAAGCCCUGGAACGGCGGCUGGUCCAUGCUGGAGACCAUCCAGAAGGGGAACAUCACAGGUCUGACAGGAACCAUGGACUUCAAGGACAGCGGAUCCAACUCUCACGUCCAGUUCGAGAUCCUGGGAUCCAGCUUCAGCGAGACGUUCGGCAAACACAUCAAGAGGCUGGCGACGUGGGAUUCGCUCCAUGGUCUGAACGGCAGCUUGAAGGAGAGCCGCAUCGAGAACGGCAUGCAGGGAGUGACGGUCAAAGUUGUGACUUUACUGGAGGAUCCCUUCGUCAUGGUGGCCGAGAACAUCCUCGGCCAGCCGAAGAGAUACAAAGGCUUCUCCAUUGACGUCCUGGACGCCCUCGCCAAGAUCCUGGGCUUCAAAUACGAGAUUUACCAGGUGGCCGACAGUAAAUACGGAUCCCAGCUUCCGAACGGCUCGUGGAACGGCAUGAUCGGAGACCUCAUCAACAAGAGAGCCGACCUGGCGGUGUCGGCCAUCACCAUCACGCCGGAGCGGGAGAACGUGGUGGACUUCAGCAAGCGCUACCUGGACUACAGCGUGGGCAUCCUGCUGCGGAAGCCCGAGGAGAAGAUCAACAUCUUCUCCCUGUUCGCGCCCUUCGACCUGGCCGUGUGGGCCUGCAUCGCCGCCGCCAUCCCCGUGGUGGGCGUGCUCAUCUUCCUGCUGAACCGGCUGCAGGCGCUGCGCUCGUCCUCGGCGCAGGGCGGGCCGCCGGGGCAGCCGGUCGGCGGCGUGGGCUCCGGCUCGCUGCACAGCGCCAUCUGGAUCGUGUACGGAGCGUUCGUUCAGCAAGGAGGGGACGGCGUGGUCGGCUCGGUGGCUCUGAGGAUCGUCAUGGGGAGCUGGUGGCUGUUCACGCUCAUCGUGUGUUCAUCAUACACCGCCAACCUGGCAGCGUACCUCACUGUGUCACGCAUGGAUCACGCUAUACGGUCGUUCCAGGACCUGGCCCGGCAGAUGGACGUGGACUACGGCACGGUGAGGGACUCGGCCGUCUACGACUACUUCAGGAACAAAGGGACGAACCCUCUGGAGCAGGACAGCACGUACGCCGAGCUGUGGAGGACCGUCAGCCGGAACGGAGGCCUGGAUUACUCCGUGUCCAGCCCGUCUGAAGGGAUACGCAAGGCGAAGAAGACCUCGUACGCCUUCCUGUGGGACAUGGCGGUGCUGGAGUACGCCGCCCUGACGGACGACGACUGCACCAUCACCGUGUCGGGCAACAGCAUGAGCAGCAAGGGCUACGGCAUCGCCAUGCAGCACGGCAGCCCGUACAGAGACCUCUUCUCUCAGAAGAUCCUGGAGCUGCAGGAGAAGGGCGACCUGGACAUCUUGAAGCAGAAGUGGUGGCCCCGCACGGGCCGCUGCGACCUGAGCAGCCACGCCAGCGCCCACCCGGACGGACGCUCGCUCAAGCUGCACAGCUUCGCCGGCAUCUUCUGCAUCCUGGCCGCGGGGCUGCUGCUGGCCUGCCUGGUGGCCGGGCUGGAAGCUUGGUGGAACAGCAACCGCUGCCGCCAGGAGCAGCCCAAAGAGGUUACUAAGGAUUACAGACUGGCAAGGGUUUCUGGUCCAUUGACAUAUAAUGACUUUACAACUGCUUCAUCGGAGGGGAGGAGGGACAUUUGGACAGACAGAGAGAGAGGCUGGGAUGAAGCAGAAGCUAUUGACACAGGACAAGGAGGUGAAUCUGGAACAGGUGCACCGUCGUAUGAACAGUCUUUUGGACGAGGACUUGGCCCACAAGCAGAUCCCCGGCCCCUCUAUCGAGAUCUCUGCGCUGGACAUCGGCAGCAUGCAGCCCAGCCAGGCCUCGCUGGUCCCGAGGCCGGAGUCCGUGGUGCGGGACUACCCGCCCUCGGGCCUCGCUGUGAGCACCUUCCUCCCCGGGGAGGGGGCGCCGCCUCCGCCGCUUCCCCAUCCUCACCAUGGGGGGACCCUAGGCAGGACGCUACCCCCGUCCCAGGGCCCUGGCAGCACGUUGCCCCCGCACCACCCGCUCAGCAGCGGCACCAUGCAGUGCAAACACAGGGCGCCCAACGGGGGGCUCUUCCGACAGAGCCCUGGCAAGACGCCCAUGCCACUGUCCUACCAGGCAGUCUCCGCAGGACCCAUACCCGAAGCCAUUGAGGCCACCCACAGUACAUCCAUAUAGAGGCCA